UGCGCGCGUCCCGUGAUGCUUCGCGCCUGUGAAUCACGACAUCACGAGCCGAGAGCCGAGAGGAACGAGGGAACGCGAGACGCCUGGCCCGGUCUUCUCCAUUCGGCAAUCGAACGAUACGGACGUGUCGUGCAGUCGCAAUACGAUCCUUUACUCGAGUGUGUCCAGUUGCAGCAGCGUCGCGUGCGAGUCCACGUGUUUACUUACGCCGUGCGUAAACGCAAGAAAACGACGAUGGCCGAUCAGGAGGGCAAGGAUUUCAGCGAGGAUAUCGCGGAGCAGAACUUUGCCGAGCAGAACGGCGAUGCCGAGAACGGCGGUGCCGGCGGCGACGCCGCGGACAACAGUCAGGAAUCUCAGGAGGACAGGUCAGCUGGAGCUAACCAGGAUUCUCUGAACGAUAGGAAAUUAUUUGUUGGCGGUUUAAGUUGGGAAACAACCGACAAGGAACUGAGGGAACAUUUUAGUACAUACGGCGAUAUUGAAAGCAUCAAUGUCAAGACAGAUCCUAAUACAGGGCGAUCAAGAGGGUUUGCCUUUAUCGUCUUUGCUAAGGCUGAAUCUCUCGAUAAGAUUAUGGCAGCUGGUGAUCAUGUUAUUAAUAAUAAAAAAGUUGAUCCCAAGAAAGCGAAAGCCAGACACGGUAAAAUAUUUGUCGGCGGUCUUUCAACGGAACUUUCCGACGACGACAUCAAGAAUUUCUUCUCGCAAUUUGGAACUAUCGUCGAAGUAGAGAUGCCAUUCGAUAAAACAAAGAAUCAGAGGAAGGGAUUCUGCUUCAUCACUUUCGAAUCUGAACAAGUUGUUAAUGAACUACUAAAAACCUCGAAACAAACGAUAAAUGGUAAAGAGGUCGACGUAAAGAAGGCGACACCCAAGCCCGAUGGUAUGAUUGGUAUGCGCGGAGGACCAGGCAAUCGUGGUAGUCGUGGUGCCAGGGGUGGCCGAGGCCGUGGAUUCGGUCAAGGCGGAUGGGGACAAAGCGGCUACGGCGGUGGUUAUGGCGGUGGCUACGGCCAAGGAGGAUACGGCGGUGGCUACGAUGGAUAUGGAUACGAUUAUUACGGUGGCGGUGGGUACGGAGGUUACGGUGGCUACGACUACAGUGGAUACGACGGAUACGGCUACGGCGGUGGUAAUUACGAUGGUGGCUACAGUGGUGGGCGUGGUGCACGCGGCAAAGGAGGUUCAGGCUAUGGUGGCAAGCAGAGAGGUGGUGGUGGUGGUCGUCAGAACCAGAGGCAUCAACCCUAUUAAUGAGGAGAUUUUCCUCAUUUGCGACUGCAAUGCAAUUUGCAUUGUAACUGCCGGUGAGUCAGCUCCAAAGUUCCUAAUGCUCUUGCCUCUAUCUCUGCACAUCUUGCCAAAUUAUAAGAAGAUUUUUGUGUAUGAGAAAAUAUCGGUUUUAUAUCAGCAAAAUAAUGUAUGUGCAUAUAAUCUUUGAGAUUACUUAAAUAUUUUAUUGAGGUAAAAUCUAAAAUAUCGAUUUUUCAAAAGUUAGAAAGUGAGAUAUAUGCACUUACAUUUUUAAAAUUUUCUAUUUUUAUUUUUUACAUGUCUACAAGUAAUCAUUUUUAAUUAUAAAUAAAUUUUUUUAACUUUCUAAAGAAAAUUAAAGCUAUCAUAUUUUUUCCUAAUAAUCCUUAAUCCAUAAGUUGGGAUUGUAAAAAUCGUUUUCCUUGUUAACCUUGGAUGAAUAUUCUGUUUCGUAUGUGUAUUACACAAAAUUUUAUAUGUUAUUAUUUUUACUGCGCCAAUUUUUACCUUAUUUCUACGUUUUAAGUCCAUAUUGUAUAUUUGUUACAUCUUCGUCUGCAUCAAACCCAUGAUAUUUAUUUAUUGUACAAUAUUUUAUUAAUUUUAACUUGUGUCUGAAAUAAAGUGUGCAAUGUGUAUAA